GAUGGCUAUGUGCACAGUAUUAUGUUACUUUCGGGUUAUAUAAAAAAUUAAAUCGACCUGCAGUUUAAGGUCUGUGUUAUCGUAACAGAUACGUUCUCGUUCAAGUAACUAGUGAUGUGGCGGUAAUUAAAAAGUUUUCAACACGGCAUGAAAUUAUUCUGGCCCUACGCUAGUAGUUUUACCUCUAGCCAGUGAUUUAAAAUUAAGAGGUGCAAUGAUUGGAUUGAGAUCGGUUUACGUGCGCUUUGUAAGCAUCAUCGUUCUAGCAUCGAUAGGGGUCACUCUGAUGAUUUCCAGUCUUCCAAUAUCUUCCGAUACCUGUCGAUGUGAAGCUCCCACUGAUCACGACAAACAACACGAAAGGUUACAGAGCAGUUUUCUGGAGUCGUCAGCAUCAGAUAAACCUAAACUCGCUAUUUUGGUACCGUUCCGUGAUCGGUUCGAUGAGCUGUUACGUUUCGCACCGCACAUAUCAGCAUUUCUGAAUCGUCAACAGAUUCCGUUUCACAUAUUCGUCCUAAACCAAAAUGAUCGUUUUCGAUUUAACCGAGCCUCGCUUAUUAAUGCGGGUUUUCUGGAAGUGAAACGUCGCUACGAUUACAUUGCAAUGCACGACGUCGAUCUGCUGCCGAUGAACGAUAAUCUUAAGUACGAGUAUCCGGCCGAUGGACCGUUGCACAUUUCCGGACCGGAGUUUCACCCGAAGUAUCAUUACCCUACAUUCAUUGGCGGAAUACUGCUGUUAAGAGUGGAACAUUACCAAGCACUGAAUGGCAUGUCGAACCGAUACUGGGGUUGGGGUCUGGAGGAUGACGAAUUUUAUGUGCGCAUAAAAGAAGCCGGUUUGGAAGUAUUUCGACCGAAAAAUAUUACCACUGGAACGGAAAAAACUUUCCUGCAUGUUCACGAUCGUUUGCACCGGCGACGCGAUACUACAAAGUGCUACAACCAGCGUGAGGUGACACGACGGAGAGAUCGUGAAACCGGACUGGACACACUGCGCUACAGCGUAGACAAGCGCUACGAACUGACGGUCGACCAGGUUCCGGUGACCGUAUUAAGCAUCAAUUUGGAAUGCGACCGAUCUCAAACUCCGUGGUGUGAAUGUGAUGGCAAAAGCGACGGCAAAGCUCGACUAGAAAGUAAGAAAAAAGUGUGACCCCGUUAAUCUAGCCUACAGCUAGGUCCUAAGCGCUUAGCUUGAAAUACUUGAUGAAAUUAAAACUGUUGCCAUAGCCUUGCAUGUUUAACGGAUACGUUUUAAUUCUCUAUGACCGCUUGAAUCUACCAGGUCUGCUAGAAAAUAGGUUUUUUGUAUACUCCAAUUUUUCAUUUUCACAGUUUCAGAAAAAAACUCAAAAUAAAUGUUAAA